AUGCAACAACAAUAAAAAUAAGAAAAUUAACACUCUAACAUUUCUUCUUUUAAUGAGAAUGAAGCAAUUCUAUAAAAUUUCAUCAAUCUUUUAUCAAAUAAAUAAAGAAAACCCACAUCCCAAAUUAAACAAAUAAAUAAUGAAGAUGAAAAUCACUUUGAUUCCAUCAUUGAAUAUAGAGAGAAUGGCUCUCAUCUAUCAUAAUAAUAAUCCACAGAUACUUAUUAAACUUACAUUUCAAUUAAUAUUUAAGAUUAUGAAGCUCAGAUAUUAAAAAAGAUUCUUUAGAAUCAAUUAAGAGAGAUUGCGUUGUAAAAAUCAGAUUAUGAGAAAAAUGUAUAAGUGCAUUCAGAUUUAUAAUAUUAAUAAUUUUGUCAAAUUAAUGAUCCUAAAUAAAGUAGCAAUUCAGAUAUUAUUUAAUUGAAAUAAGCUGAAGAUUCCACUGAAGAAUCAAAUUACUCUACAUAGAAAAAGUAGAAAAAAAAAGAAAAACUCUAAAAUGAAUAAGAAUUAUUAAGGAGUUUUCGAAAUUUUAGAUAAAGAUUUCAAAGAUAUUUGAAAGAGUUUGUCAAUGAUACAAAAAAAGAUUUGUAAUCUAUUCGUGGUAAGAUUUAAUAGAAAUAUUUAAAAUAAUAAGUUAUGAUGAAGGAAUAUAGAGGAUUUAUUGAAUAAAUUAGAGAAGUAAUUGAAGAAACUUAAUAGAUAAUUUAAGAAUAUGAUAAACAUUUGUAAGAAAAAAAUUAUCUUUUUUAAAACUGA